AUUUGAAGUUGAGUUUGAAGUUGGUUCGUGAAUAACAGAGCGCCAGUAGGAUUGAAGACGGAUUUAAAUUACUGUUACACGGAAAGUGUAUAAAAGACGACGAAAAGAGAGGAUUUCAUCAGUUGACGCUUCGUUUGCAGGGUUGCUGUGUUCUGCAAACAUGUCUUCGCACAACUCUUUCAAUCAAAUUAAAAGAGAUGAGAAAGGGAGAAACAUUCAAGUCGUUGUGAGAUGCAGACCUUUUAAUACGACUGAACGCAAGACUGCCCAUGGCGUCAUCGACUGUGAUCCUAACAGAAAGGAAAUAUUAGUGCGAACUGGAGGGGUCAACGACAAAGCAGCACGAAAAACAUAUACAUUUGACAUGGUUUUUGGACAAGCUGCCAAGCAGAUAGAGGUGUACAGGAGUGUUGUGUUCCCCAUCUUGGAUGAGGUGAUCAUGGGAUACAACUGUACAGUUUUUGCAUAUGGACAGACAGGUACUGGAAAGACCUUUACCAUGGAAGGAGAACGAUCUCCCAAUGAGGAGUUUACCUGGGAAGAGGACCCUCUGGCUGGAAUCAUUCCCCGAACUCUGCAUCAGAUAUUUGAGAAGCUCACAUCAAACGGGACAGAGUUCUCAGUAAAGGUUUCUCUGCUGGAGAUCUACAACGAGGAGCUGUUUGAUCUACUCAGCCCGUCCACAGAUGUCAACGAGCGUCUCCAACUGUUUGACGAUCCUCGAAACAAACGCGGGGUUAUCAUCAAGGGCCUGGAGGAGAUUACAGUUCACAACAAGAACGAGGUGUACCAGAUUCUAGAGCGAGGUUCAGCCAAGAGGAAGACUGCCUCCACACUGAUGAAUGCAUACUCCAGCCGCUCUCACUCGGUGUUCUCCGUCACAAUCCACAUGAAGGAGAUCACCCUGGACGGAGAGGAACUGGUCAAGAUUGGAAAACUCAACCUUGUGGACCUGGCAGGCAGUGAAAACAUCGGCCGUUCGGGGGCUGUGGACAAGCGCGCCCGUGAGGCGGGCAACAUCAACCAGUCCCUGCUGACCCUCGGGAGGGUGAUUACGGCCCUGGUGGAGAAGAGGCCCCACGUCCCCUACCGGGAGUCCAAGCUCACCCGCAUUCUGCAAGACUCUCUUGGCGGGCGCACUAAGACCUCCAUCAUCGCCACUGUCUCCCCUGCUUCCAUCAACAUGGAGGAAACCCUGAGUACUUUAGAGUAUGCCAACCGGGCCAAGAACAUCAUGAACAAGCCUGAGGUCAACCAGAAGCUGACCAAGAGGACUCUGAUCAAGGAGUACACUGAAGAGAUUGAGCGCCUGAAGCGGGACCUGGCUGCCACACGAGACAAGAACGGAGUUUACCUCUCAGCUGAGAACUACGAAAACAUGAGCAGCCAAAUAUCUGGGCAGGAGGAGCAGAUCACAGAGUACAAUGACAGGAUAUCAAGCAUGGAGGAAGAACUGAGGAGGAUUACUGAGUUGUUUGUGGACAAUAAGAGUAAGCUGGACCAGUGCAGCUAUGAGCUAGAUGAGAAGAACCAACGCUUGGAAGAAACCCACAAGAACUUGCAGCAGACCCAGGCUAAGCUUAGCCAGGAGGAAUUCAUCUCCUCAAAUCUGGCCUCUACACAAGAGCAGCUGUACUCCACUGCUGGCCAGCUGCUGUCGACAGUGGACGUCAGCACCAGCGAUGUGUCGGGCCUGCACGCCAAGCUGGACAGGAAGAAGCAGGUGGAGCAACACAACAACGACAUCCAGAUGAGCUUCUCCCAGCGCAUGGAGCUCAUGUUCAGCGAAAUGCAGCACUCCCUCCAGGCCCAGAGCUCCAGGCACCAGGACAUGCUGGACCACUGCACAGGCUCCGUUGAGAGUCUCCUGGCAGUAAACGACACGACCUCUAAGAGUGCCAUGGCAACCGUGGCCUCCUCCCUGGGUGGGAUUAGGGAGCUCGUGGUGGAGGGUGUGGCCAAGGUCCAAUCUAAGAUGGCGGAGCAGGAGAGUCUGUGCAAGCAGAGCAGGGACUCUCUGCAGCUCCUCCUGGAGGAGCACAAGCAGGAGAUGGAGGAGGUGCUGGUGGCCCAGGUGCUCCCAGGCCUGUCUGCCAUCAUGGCCAUGAAUGACAGUCUAAAGACCAGCAUGGAGAGUCACCGCACCCUCGCUACCCAGAUGGAGGCGAUGAAGACGGAGAUGAGCAUGUUCUUCAGCAGCCAUGCUGGAGAGCUGGCCGUGCUGAGGACGACCACCACCCAGGGCCUGGGCUCGCUGCAGGCUGAACACAACAGCCUGAAGGAACGGAUCAGUCAGGCGGACCACAAGCACCAGACGGGCAUGUCCCAGGUGAUCCACUGUCUGCAGAAUCAGCUGAACCUGCUCGCCAUGGAAACCCAGAGUGACUAUGCAGGACUGAUGACUGCCACUGAUGCCCUGCAAGGCCCAGUCCAAACCCUCCAGAGCACACUCACCAGUCAGUGCAGCGCUGCUGAGAGCCAGGUCUCGGCCCAGCGAGAUCAGCUGGCCUCCACCACCACCUCCCUGGUGAGCCAGCUGCAGCAGACGGCGCGGGAGGUGCAGCAGACUCUGGAGGAGAGCUCUGGCUACUGCGGCCACCUCCACAGCUCCCUGGGAGGCCUGGGGGAGAGGAGCCUCCAGUGGUGCUCCAGCACCAGGGAGCAGGCCCAGAGCCAAGCCCAGGAGCAGCUCACCCUGCUGAAGGACAACACCGUCUCCACGCACACCCUGCUGGAGAGCGUUGAGACCGGCUGUGAGGCCCACCUCCAGGAGGUUCAGGGGCAGCUGCAGCAGCAGCAGGCUGAGGUGGCUCAGGGUCUGGUGGCCAUGAAGCAGCAGGCCUCCACGGACCACAGUGCCCUGGAGGACCACCAGAGGGAGCUGCAGGCCCACAUGGAUGCCGCCCUGGCCCGUGUCCACACCUUCCUAGCAGAGGAGCUCCGACAGGAUGUCCCCACCGGAACGACUCCCCAGAGGAAGGAGUACAAGUACCCGCGUGUCCUGGCCAAGUCCCGGAGCCGGGCUGAGCUGCUGGAGAGCCUCCGUCAGAAGCAGGAGGAGCUGCAGGCCGCCCUGGCCCAGUGUGACACCGUGGAGGAGGAGGAGGAGGAGGAGGAGGAGAAGCAGGACCAGGACUCCCUCGAGGACCAAGUGAAUGGAGACAGCACCAUCGAGUGCACCUAUGUCGACGAGAACCUCCUGUGUGAUGAGAACCACAGGGGCCCUUUCUUUAAGAAAACAAAGGCCCAGAAGAAGGAAAUCAAGGCCCUCAGUCGCCUCAAAUCGGCAGAAAAUGAAACUCAGGCAACACCACCUCGAUCCAUGUUACCUCUUAGGAGUCAGAACUAAAACAACUUGAAUGUCGUUAUUUCUUUAACUUUAUGAUAUUUUAUUUUUAGUAGAAUUAGCCUUUCAGUUUUCUUCACUGUGUAUGUUUUUUACUUUGCUAUUUUUAAUCUGUUUUGUGUUAACCUUUGAAUUAUUAUUGAAAACAUGAGCUACAAAUCUGAACUAUACAUGUCAUUGCUUUAAAUGUAUUAUUAAACUGAGGUUUUGUAAUAA